GGCGCAGACCCCGGGCGCGGGCGGUCCGCGGCGCCCCCUCGCUCUCGGCCCUCGGGGCCGGCGCAGCCCCGGGCGAGCGGGGGACGGGCUAGGGAGGGGAACUGCCCUCGCUCCCCGUCGCCCUCGCUCCCCGUCCCCCUCCCCCCCCGGGCGGGCGGGCGGGCCGGCGGCUGGGGGGAGGGCGGGCGGCGGCGGCCCGCUGUAUAUAUCUCCACGCACCCCGCCAGGUCGCGCACAGCGCCCCGAGCCUAGGCGCCUCCCCGCCCCCCUCCCCGCGCUCCGCGGCGGUAUCGGCGGCAGCAGUAGCAGCAAUAUGGCUGUUGAUGGGUGUUUGGGGUGGCGCUGGCGGCGGGAGGAGCUCCCCCGAGCCCCUGCGCCGGCCGCCCGUUGCUAGCUAUGGCAAAUGGUGGCGGCGGCGGCGGCGGCAGCAGCGGCGGCGGCGGCGGCGGCGGAGGCAGCAGUCUUAGAAUGAGUAGCAAUAUCCACGCGAACCAUCUCAGCCUAGACGCGUCCUCCUCCUCCUCCUCUUCCUCCUCUUCUUCCUCCUCCUCCUCUUCCUCUUCGUCCUCGGUCCACGAGCCCAAGAUGGAUGCGCUCAUCAUCCCAGUGACCAUGGAGGUGCCGUGCGACAGCCGGGGCCAACGCAUGUGGUGGGCUUUCCUGGCCUCCUCCAUGGUGACUUUCUUUGGGGGCCUCUUCAUCAUCUUGCUGUGGCGGACGCUCAAGUACCUGUGGACCGUUUGCUGCCACUGCGGGGGCAAGACGAAGGAGGCCCAGAAGAUUAACAAUGGCUCAAGCCAGGCAGACGGCACUCUCAAGCCAGCGGACGAAAAAGAGGAGGCGGUGGCAGCUGAGGUCGGCUGGAUGACCUCCGUGAAAGACUGGGCGGGGGUGAUGAUAUCUGCCCAGACGCUGACUGGCAGAGUCCUGGUUGUCUUAGUCUUUGCUCUCAGCAUUGGUGCACUUGUAAUAUACUUCAUAGAUUCGUCAAACCCAAUAGAAUCCUGCCAGAAUUUCUACAAAGAUUUCACAUUACAGAUCGACAUGGCUUUCAACGUGUUCUUCCUUCUCUACUUUGGCUUGCGGUUUAUUGCAGCCAAUGACAAGCUGUGGUUCUGGCUGGAAGUGAACUCUGUAGUAGACUUCUUCACGGUGCCCCCCGUGUUUGUGUCUGUGUACUUAAACAGAAGUUGGCUUGGUUUGAGAUUUUUAAGAGCUCUCAGACUGAUCCAGUUUUCAGAAAUUUUGCAGUUUCUGAACAUCCUGAAGACAAGUAAUUCCAUCAAGCUGGUGAAUCUGCUGUCCAUAUUUAUCAGCACGUGGCUAACCGCAGCCGGGUUCAUCCAUUUGGUGGAGAAUUCCGGGGACCCUUGGGAAAAUUUCCAAAACAACCAGGCUCUUACCUACUGGGAAUGUGUCUAUUUGCUCAUGGUGACCAUGUCCACUGUUGGUUACGGGGAUGUUUAUGCAAAAACGACACUCGGGCGUCUCUUCAUGGUCUUCUUCAUCCUCGGGGGACUGGCCAUGUUUGCCAGCUACGUCCCUGAAAUCAUAGAGUUAAUAGGAAACCGCAAGAAAUACGGGGGCUCCUAUAGUGCGGUUAGUGGAAGAAAGCACAUCGUGGUCUGUGGACACAUCACUCUGGAGAGCGUUUCCAACUUCCUGAAGGACUUUCUGCACAAGGAUCGGGACGAUGUCAACGUGGAGAUCGUCUUUCUUCACAACAUUUCCCCUAACCUGGAGCUUGAGGCUCUGUUCAAACGACAUUUUACUCAGGUGGAAUUUUAUCAGGGUUCGGUCCUCAAUCCACAUGAUCUUGCGAGAGUCAAGAUAGAGUCAGCAGAUGCCUGCCUGAUCCUUGCCAAUAAGUACUGCGCAGACCCGGAUGCCGAAGAUGCUUCCAACAUCAUGAGAGUAAUCUCCAUAAAGAACUACCAUCCGAAGAUAAGAAUCAUCACUCAGAUGCUGCAGUAUCACAACAAGGCCCAUCUGCUAAACAUCCCGAGCUGGAAUUGGAAGGAGGGAGAUGAUGCAAUCUGCCUUGCAGAGCUGAAGCUGGGCUUCAUAGCCCAGAGCUGCCUGGCUCAAGGCCUCUCCACCAUGCUCGCCAACCUCUUCUCCAUGAGGUCAUUCAUAAAGAUUGAGGAAGACACGUGGCAGAAGUACUACUUGGAAGGAGUCUCAAAUGAAAUGUACACGGAAUAUCUCUCCAGUGCCUUCGUGGGUCUGUCCUUCCCUACUGUUUGUGAGCUGUGUUUUGUGAAGCUCAAGCUUCUAAUGAUAGCCAUUGAGUACAAGUCUGCCAACCGAGAGAGCCGUAUAUUAAUUAAUCCUGGAAACCAUCUUAAGAUCCAAGAAGGUACUUUAGGAUUUUUCAUCGCAAGUGAUGCCAAAGAAGUUAAAAGGGCAUUUUUUUACUGCAAGGCCUGUCAUGAUGACAUCACGGAUCCCAAAAGAAUUAAAAAAUGCGGCUGCAAACGGCUUGAAGAUGAACAGCCAUCAACACUGUCACCCAAAAAAAAGCAGCGGAACGGAGGCAUGAGGAACUCACCCGGCUCCUCACCCAAGCUGAUGAGGCAUGACCCCUUGUUAAUUCCCGGCAAUGAUCAGAUUGACAACAUGGACUCCAACGUGAAGAAGUAUGACUCUACUGGGAUGUUUCACUGGUGUGCACCCAAGGAGAUAGAGAAAGUCAUCCUGACUCGGAGUGAAGCCGCCAUGACCGUCCUGAGUGGCCACGUCGUGGUUUGCAUCUUUGGCGACGUCAGUUCAGCCCUGAUUGGCCUCCGCAACCUGGUGAUGCCACUCCGUGCCAGCAACUUUCAUUACCACGAGCUCAAGCACAUCGUGUUUGUGGGUUCCAUUGAGUACCUCAAGCGGGAAUGGGAGACACUUCAUAACUUCCCCAAGGUGUCCAUAUUGCCUGGUACGCCAUUAAGUCGGGCUGAUUUAAGGGCCGUCAACAUCAACCUCUGUGACAUGUGCGUUAUCCUGUCAGCCAAUCAGAAUAAUAUUGAUGAUACUUCGCUGCAGGACAAGGAAUGCAUCUUGGCGUCACUCAACAUCAAAUCUAUGCAGUUUGAUGACAGCAUCGGGGUCUUGCAGGCUAAUUCCCAAGGGUUCACGCCUCCAGGAAUGGACAGAUCCUCUCCAGAUAACAGCCCGGUGCACGGGAUGUUACGCCAGCCAUCCAUCACGACUGGAGUCAACAUCCCCAUCAUCACUGAACUAGUGAAUGAUACUAACGUUCAGUUUCUGGACCAAGACGAUGACGAUGACCCUGACACAGAACUGUACCUCACGCAGCCCUUUGCAUGCGGGACAGCGUUUGCCGUCAGCGUCCUGGACUCGCUCAUGAGCGCGACAUACUUCAAUGACAACAUCCUUACCCUGAUACGGACCCUGGUGACCGGAGGAGCCACCCCGGAGCUGGAGGCUCUGAUUGCCGAGGAGAAUGCUCUGCGCGGGGGGUACAGCACCCCCCAGACGCUGGCCAACAGGGACCGCUGCCGCGUGGCACAGUUAGCGCUGCUGGACGGGCCGUUUGCGGACCUGGGGGAUGGUGGUUGUUAUGGUGAUCUGUUCUGCAAAGCUCUGAAAACGUAUAAUAUGCUUUGUUUUGGAAUUUACCGUCUGAGAGAUGCUCACCUCAGCACCCCCAGCCAGUGCACGAAGAGGUAUGUCAUCACCAACCCCCCGUAUGAGUUUGAGCUCGUGCCGACGGACCUGAUCUUCUGCUUAAUGCAGUUUGACCACAACGCCGGCCAGUCCCGGGCCAGCCUCUCCCAUUCCUCCCACUCGUCCCAGUCCUCCAGCAAGAAGAGCUCCUCCGUUCACUCCAUCCCAUCCACUGCAAACCGGCAGAACCGGCCCAAGUCCCGGGAGUCCCGAGACAAACAGAAAAAAGAAAUGGUUUACAGAUGAACCGGAUAAUGCCUAUCCCAGAAACAUUCAAAUCAAGCCCAUGAGUACCCACAUGGCUAACCAGAUCAACCAAUAUAAAUCCACAAGCAGCUUGAUUCCACCAAUCAGAGAAGUUGAAGAUGAAUGUUGACUCCCAGGAGACCAGAACUAUUUUUUUAAAGCCUGACAAACUUCAUAAAUGGUGACGUGACUUUUCUUCCUCUUACAUGCUGAAUCACUGGUGGAAAUGUUAGGAGAAGCAAGAAUUGCAAGAAAAAUAGACAGAUCUUUCUCUUUGUCUGCCUUGAAUAUUGCUUCCAUGUAUUUUGGAAAAGAGAAUGAUUUCAUUUAUAAAUGAACAUAAUACAAUAGUCAUGUAUAGCCUCUAGCAUUUUAAAUUAUUUUUAUUUAUUAGAAAGAAAAUAUAUUUUUCCUUUUUUUUUCAUUGUCAGAUAUCUUCCCUAUAUCGAACAAUGCAAAAUCAAAAUGAACAAGUGGCCAGACUCCUUAAGGCAUAUUUCUCUUCUUUCUCUGUUUUUUCUUUGAGGAGAAUGAUGGUCACCACCACGAUUAACUGUAAUUAAGGGAAAUGGAUUAUUACAACAAUUUUAAAAUGGUCCAACGAUGUAAGCAUGUAUUUUAGUAAAUUCAAAAAAAGAAGACAAAAGGGGGGCAGGUGAAUCUCCUGGAUGGGUGUGUAUUUUGGCUGCAUUGACACCAGCUCUUAAUAAAUGGAAACUUAUUUAUUUUCACAGUUGACAGUCAUAUUUUUGUAGUUUUAGUUUUCAUCCUGUAUUUCUUAUCCCUUUGUUCGUAUGUUUAAAGGGAAGACCUUCUUGCAGCUUUUCAACAAUUGCCAGAUCAGGUGUACCCUGCCAGCUAUAACAAUACCAGGAAGGUUGUGAGUGUGCCUGGGAUGUGGAAGUUGAGGACCUGAUGCACACAAGGCAUUUCUCUGUUUGUUGUUCUAAUGGUGGGGACUCCUACAUGCUGUCACGCUUCUCAUUUCAUAUCUCCAAACCAACAAAACAAGUCAUUUCAACUUUGGAAAGGUCUGGUGGACUCUCUUCCCUCUCCCCAAUUUCAGGGCUUUUAGCCUGAAAGCUUGUAAACACCGAUGAGUAGUUUUCCUUAACGACAGCAUAUGCUAACACAUUCGUUCUAUUCACUGAGUUUUUGUGUAAAAGCCAGAAACUUUCUUUGAUCGAGGAGAUGACUUUUGCCCAGAUCUUAAUUUUGCAGGCUUUCCUUUAGUUGCUGGGACAAAACACACAACUUGUUACAGCAACAAAAAAAAAUAAUAACCACCAAAGGACAGCAAUGAAUGCUUUUAAUACAGACUGUUAGAAAAGGCCUUUGAAAAUUACCAGCAGUGAAAUCAAAUGUAUCCACCACUUCAAACUGUGGUCAGAAAGAUUUUUCUAGCCAUCAGACACAAUUCCGAUGCCUCCAAGCUCGGCUGUUGCUUGCAUGCUCAGUGUAAUGUCGUCCCAGCAACUGUUCUGGUCCAAAUGACUUUCAGCUUCAAAAUUACCCAUCACUGAGAGAAUCGUCAGGGUCUCUGGAGAAGCAUGGAUGUGUUAAUGAUUUUCAUUUUCUUAAAAAUGUAAACUGUGGACACUUGAAGAAACCAAACAAACCAAAAUCUCUCCCCAAGUGUCAUGAUAUCUAUUCCAUUGGGCCAUGACCCUGUGGUACCUAGUAGGCUAGUGCAAAUCAGAUCAGAGCCAAGCAAUGAGAUCACCGUGAAAACAUACGUCCACCAAGUACUCCAAUGACCAGCGUAGGCAAAAUGAGCUUCCACCUCUGUCCAGUCCCCGCAGAGCCAAUGUAGUCGUGUUUCCACCUUGUAGGCGCCGUCCUGAAGUGACUUGUCAGACCGUGGUUAUCCUGUCGUCAUAUUUUGUAGAAUUAGUUCUAUAAAAGUAUUGUGAAUAUAAUGUAUGUCCAAUUGGAUUGUUUAAAAACUACUUAUAACCUACUCUACUUGGCAGACUAAAAUGACGUCAGCAGUCUAUAUUCAGGCUUAUCGACAUUUCUUGGUUAACAACAGGAGUAAAAUGGUUUGCGGAAUGAAUCCCUUGCUAAGAUUUUACAACUUUCCUGAAAGUUAGGCCUUCUUCUGCGUAAUGAUUUUGCAUUGGGGUCAUCUUCAUACAUUCUUAGUACCUCAGUCCACGCUCUUCUUUCCUUCAUGAACCCUAGUGGGGUUGAUAACUUGAUAACCAUUUUUGAAUUUGUCAUAACUAUUUGGUCUCCUCUGGCAGGCAAUGGUGGCCACCACCUAAACCAUCUUCCAUCAGAGGAAGUUAGGCCACAGUAUCCCAUGCCUGCUGCGCUCUCUUCGGCACCUCUCCCUACUCAGGCAGUUUGGAAACAGGCGUACAAACUCCAUGCCCAUCACAGCUAGAGAUUUGAAUCUAACCUUUGUUUUUUUAAACCACAAUGACUAAGAUCCUUUCCUACAACAAAGGCUUCCCUCAAAAAACCAAUAGGCAGGAAUCCAUUUUCCUCUAAGGUAGAACAAGGUCAUACUGUGUUGCCUCUGCAAUAAUGAAUUGUUUGGGGCCAGAAAACAAAAUCAGGCUUUUUUUUUUUUUUUUUAAGUGUGCAAAAUGACUGGUUGGUGGCUCCUUUGGCAAAAACUGGUACCCAGUAGAUUGAAAAGGAAAUGAAAACAGAAGCAAGAUUAUAAGAUCAUUGAAGGGCUUAAGGGAAUGCCAGAGCUUCCUAAUUUGUUUCUAUUUGUUGAGUUCUCUGGCCCUGAGAGAGUCCUCAACCAACCCCACUCUGACAGACCCAUCUUUUCGGCUACAUUCAGUACAGACCAGUGAUGGUCUUCAUUGGUACAGUCCGUGCUAUAAGGCUCUGAUGUCCCAUCCCAGUUGAGGAUUUCAGAAAAGCUAUUCUCCCAAAUGAGUAACUCUUGGGUGCUUUGAGAAUCGGACUCACCAAUAGGCUAUUUAAAGAGCAGAAAGCACCUACUUGUAAAAGCCCCAUCUCCAUCACCAUCUUUCUCAUUAAGUAAACUUUGACUUUCAUCUGAGCAAUUUUUAUUUUAAAACAUCCCCUUGAACCAAGAUAAAACACCUUAAAUAAAAGUGGUUGUGACUCAGGCAUGUUAGGAAACACCCAGAAGCUCUUUCCUUCCAAAGCCUGGGGCAUCUUAUGAUGUACUUUGUACAAAAUUUGAUGGAGGACUUUAAAUAAACAGGGGAUUAGAACUGUUUGGCUAGGGUUGGAAAGGGGGAAAGUGAGAAAGCACAAGAAAAUUGGGGGCUAGCGUCACAUCACAGAGGGAAAGAGUCCAACCUUCCUACUUAUGGUUUAGUAUGAGGGUUCGCAAGCUACACCUGCAAGUAACUAGCUAUACACUUUGAAAAUGUUCUUUAAACUCUCUGAGUCUCAGUGACAUUUGUAAAUGAGCAUGAUUCAUCUAGAUGACUCUAAGGUCCUUUCAGGUGGGAGAGGAUGUGAUCGGAGUUAAAAGUGGGAGCCUGGGAACAUGCCGAGCCCUGGAGACAAUCUUGUCCUGCAUCAGAAUAACGUGCUUCUUGCUGCGUCAACCAAGCAGUACUCCUGAGGGUAAUGUCUCAUGCUCCAGACAUACAGUAGUUAGGUUCAUUCCUCUGCUUUAUGUUGUGGAGUCUCCUUAGGUUCAAAAUGCAAAUUUCAAAAAUCAAAUUCACCUGAAUCUUAUCACUGAGUUUUUUUUCUGUGUGUUCCCAAGGGUUUCUUCUCAAUCUCAUCCCUGCCUGACUUUUUUAAUUGGUUCAAGGCUCAGUCCCCAUCAAUCCUUUCAUCUCCUACCCAUGUCUCCAAUUUCCAAUGUGUUGUUAGAGGCUCACAACAUUCCUGGAUUCCUGUAGUUUUCCUCAUUUUUAUUUCCACCUGUGGAUCUGGGCUCUAGGAAGUUACCAGUCUUAAUUAUCACUUCAUUUCCUGUCCUCUACUUAUUUGAUUCUUCUUUUCUCUUCAUUGGUAUACCAACUAUUUCUUUGGUACUUAUAUUUGUAAGUCUAAUUUUGAUCUAACAUUUUUUUAUCCCCUCAAAGAGAAUCUCAGUGAAAAGAAAAAGGAAGGGAGGGACAAAAAGACAAAGAAAGGUAGAGAGACAGAAAAAAAAGAAUAUCAAACUAGUUGACUGGGACAUGAGUUACCUUACUUACAGGAGAUUAAACAAGUCCAUUCAGACUAGACAUGGAGUUCCAGGGCAGAAUGUGUCCACUUUCCCUUCUGACCCUAUAGCCUAAUUCCUAGUCUAUUCCUAUUUACUACUUGUGGAAUGGUGGUAAAAUCACCAACUGCUGUGAUCCUUGAAAGGGUCUUCACUAAUUAGAGCUUGACUCGUCCUCUGUAGAGAGCAGAAGGAACUGAGAAUUCACUUGCAACUUACCUGGAAAAUUACCUUUCUGCCCCUCCUCCACUCACCUCAUGUACCCCAAGGGUAUUUUUUUUUCUAUCUAGUUGAGUUGAUUUAAGAUUUAAAUCCCAUGAUUCUUUGAGGACAUAAUGUGGCCCUUUGAAUUUAUUUAUGAGAAAGCAGAAAUUAGAAAGGAUUUCCAGUUUGUACUAGUGUGGCCUUUUUAAUUGUUUAAGUGAAAUCUGUUCUGAUUGGUUGUUGCCCAUGCAAGGCCAGUUGUUAAUAUUUUCAAAAUUGCCACAGUAUAAGACCAUUCAGAGAAUACUUUUAGCCAUCAUUUUAUUUUCCAAGGAACUUCCCAGCUGCUGAAGACACCACGCUGUCACAGCUCCACGUGGUUAGACUGAGGAGGAAUUCUGUAUUAGAGGAACUGGACCAAACUUUCCUUUUUGCCACCCUCCUCUUUUAGCAUGAAAAUGGGCUGGAGACUUCUACAUCUAAAGACAGGCCAAACUCAGGGUAUAUAUCAAGGAAGAAAGAACAAACUUUUGGAUUAAACAGCAUUUUAAGGUGCCAUCAGCCAGGCAUUUAUGUGAUAUCGAAGGUCGGUGCUUUGGGUUGGAAAGGAGAAAGGGACUGCACUGAACUAUACUAGAUUGAGAGGAAUGCAAAGGAAUAUAAUGCUUGGUGGGCUUUUGAGGUAUUUCUAUAGGAAAUAAAUGGAGAAAUGUGGAAUACGAGGGUUUUCCAGGGAGAGGAGGCUUAAUGGGCCAUGACCAUUGGUAGGAACACGAUUUCAACACAUAGACCAUUUUGUCUAGGGUGACAAGUUCGUCUAGGGGAGAGGAGGGAAACAAAGAUGAGACUUCGGAGAAGGGGCUAGAAAGUCAGUUGUCUUAAGAGCCAAGCUAAGAGGUUGCGGCUUGAUUUAGAAAGUCACGGACAGCCACAAAAAGUUUUCAAGAAGGAGUGAUGAACACUGGUAUCUGUGCAUUUUUUGGGUUAAACGUUUUGAGAUGCCAGUUCUCCUCAGAAGUCAUCAGGAGAAUAUAUGCAAAGCCGCACAUCUCAGCAGCACGGAGAUCUCAGUCGUGCCCACUCCAAGUCGAAAACUCAGCAUAUGAGUACGUAUACCGUCCUCAGACAUGGGUUGCAGAUCCUAACAGUUACAGAGGCUUAGCCGGAGUUGUAGGGGCUGGUUUGUGCGCUGGGUGUUGGAGCAAUGGCUGGAGAAGGUUCUCUGUGUAAAGAGCACUUAAUUUGGACCCCGAGGGAAGAAGCUCGUGGAGGGAUAGAGAAGAGUGGGGGCAGCUGCCAGGGAGCGGCGGCAGCUGAGAACUGUUGCACUAAUUCAUUCAAAGUGGAAGCAGCUGAGAGUCGUCCGCAGGGGCAGAGCCCGCGGGCAGAGGAUUCUGGGAUGUGCGGCUGCGCAGAGCGCGCGGGGAUGGCGGCCAUGGCGGCAGCGGCGGGCGCCGCGGGUGUGGAGGCCGGAGUCGCAUCGGUGCGCGCAGUGCUGGGAGCGAGGCUGAGUUCUCCAGAGGAGGAAAGGUAGGUGUGGAGGAUUGUUUGAAGGUGGAAGAGUGUUAGAGGGCUGCAGCCAUGUUUUUAAGGGCUAAAAGGAACAACGUUAAGUCGACACUGCUGGGAAAGGAGAUGUGGGCUCCUUCGGAAUCUGGGGCGCGGGAAACUGGAGAGGGAGCCUUAAUUUAAGAGAGGCUGGGGCAUCUAUGAGGUUGGAAACGAAGGGUAUUGGAGCUGGUGACUCAGAAGUAAAAGAGACUUGGCUUGUUUGUCUUCAUGCCCAAGGCUUGUCCGGAGAGCCUGGCUCUGGGUAGGUGAUGGGUUUGUGACUCCGGGUUACUUUGGAUGCCGCAAGCAAUGGAGGUUAAACAGCUCUGGUAGGUCGCUGGCACUCUUCCUGGAGAAGGACUCAAAAGAGAGGGGUCUGGAGGUGUGCCUUUUCUUUUACCUCCCCGUUCGCGUCACUCCUUCCUUAUCCCCACACACGCUUUGGUUUGGGUGCUCUUAAACCCGACAGUCUCUUUGCUUUGGUGGCUUUUCUGGACAGGCAGGAUGAGAGCGUUUUUGGCUUGGUGAAAAGAAAACCAGCCUUCAUUUCUAGGUCGAUUUUAAAUGUAAAAAGGUUUCCUUUGGUCCAUUUAUCCCGUUGAGGACUUCUGUUUCUCCUCCUCCACCUUGCUAUUCAGCAGAACAGGGGCAGAAGUGACAGCAAAACUCUCCUGUGUGCCUGUCGUAGGAAGCAUUCCAGGGCCCACUUUCUGGAAUCUUAGAUGAAAAUGUAUACACGGCACUGCCGCACUCCUGCCCGAGCAAACCAGGGUUCCCCCGCCAUAGGAUUGAGGGUCAGUGUGAGAAGGCAGCCAGUAGGUAAGGGGAGACCUGCCAACAAGGCUGACGAAGCCCCACUGUCAAACUAAAUCAAAGCCCCCACAGCCCCAAAGUGGCCUGCUCCCCUCCCUUCCUCUGAGUACAGCCAGAGAUACAUCUGACCAGAACUGCAACAUUUCAAACAUAAACCAAGAUCUGCCUGGAAAUCCUAAUUUAAAAAGUUCCAUUCCCAGGUGGCACAGUCACAUCCUGCCUAAAAUUUCUGGCCCACGUCCCACCACCCAGAUGCUGAAAAGAAACCUUCUCCCACUUAACACAAAAACCUGCACUCCACGUGUCUUCAGGGGGGCAAAGGAAAAAAAAAGGAUGCUGACACAGAGGUCAGGCCCACGUGUUCAUUAAGGAAAAAGAGCGUGGCUUAUUCAUCUGUCUUUCAAAUGUUUGAUUGUUGGCAUUUUGCGGAUGAUGAUGAUUAAUUAUAUGACCUAAACGGAUUGGAGGAGAGACUAAAAUGCUGGUGCUUUGAAAUGAUCUACCCAACUCUGUCAUCUGUAUCAACCAGUGAUAACUCUCUUGUUUAAAAAAA